AUGGCUGAACAUGGUGUGGGGACCUAUAUGGCACAGCAGAAGAAAUUCAUCUCUGCCACGUCAAUUGAAAAACGUGGAAUUUGGGGAUUUGAUCAUCGAUACUGGCAUUUAGAUGACUUCAAACGCUAUAAAUAUAGCGACGAAUCUCACUUUGCUUGUGCCCUGCAACGACAAGCUCAAAUACAUCGUCGUCGUGGCGCAAAAGCACGAGAUGCACCCACAAAGAUCCAAUUUCGAUUCAAACGCCGAAAUCAAGUAUGGCACGUUUUUGCGUACAUUGGAUGGAAUUUCAAAAGCAAGCUACACUUCUACAUAGGCUCAGGAGCAGGGGGAAGGCUCGUACAAGCUGAUUAUAUUACUAUUUUGGAGGAAGUUAUCGCUCCUAAUUGGGAUCCAAAUUGGAUACUUUUGGAGGAUAACGAUAAUGCCCAUGGCACUCGGGGCAACGCUGAUAACAAAUGCAAACAAACAAAAAGGCGUUUAGGGAUCAAAUGCGAAUCUAAUCCUCCGCAGUCGCCUGAUCUCAACCCUAUUGAGUCGAUUUGGAGGAUAAUAAAGCAGAGGUUGAAGAAUCGGGGGCCUAUCUUUGAUAUAGAAGAAUUGCGCAAGGCUAUUGAGGAGGAAUGGGAUAAAAUCACUCUGGAUGAGAUUAAUAAGGCAAUUAGGGUCAUCACGAUCACUGGUGGUACAGCUCUACUCCUCGUUGGACUACAAUUCGGUGGAGUCGUCCACCCAUGGAGCUCGACCAUUGUCAUUUGCUUCAUUGCUGCUGGCAUUGUCACAAUGGGAAUAUUUGUCUUUCUUCAAGUUUUCGUUUCCACUCGCCCGAUAGUCGCACUGCGCUUGUUGAACAAUUGGUCGAGCGCUGCCGCUUUAGCGAUAUGCGCCUGUCACGGACUCACAUAUGUUGCAUGUCUCUACUUUCUUCCGCUGUAUUUCCAGCUCGUACUGCAAGCAAGCCCGACCGAAGCUGGAGUCUGGCUACUGGCAUUGGCGGGCGUUUUGAUUGUGGCAUCAGUAGCGAGUGGUGUUAUCGUUGCCAAGUUGGGACAUUAUCGUCCAACCAUCUGGACCGCCUGCUUUUCCAUUACACUCGGUUAUGGUCUUUUCAUUAGCUUUCCAUCAUUCCGAGACUGGCCACGCAUUAUCGUCUUUCAGAUGAUAGCAGCUGUCGGAGUAGGGCCUCUCUUUCAAGCCCCCUUAAUUGCGUUGCAAGCGCGCACAUCUGCCACGAAAAUGUCUUCCGCGAACUCGAUAUACUGGUUCACUCGAGAGAUCAGCUCUGCAAUAGGUGUUGUGGCCGGACAAGUCGUUAUACAGAAUCAGCUCGCGCAUCAAAGUUCAACGCUACUAUAUACGGGCAUCCCAGAGAAAAUUGUUGUAGGUCUACCGCAAAACUUCGCCACGUUCUCGGGAGAUCUACUCGCAGGUCUUACUCCAAGACAACAAGCGGUGCUUCGUCAAGCACUCACAAACGCGAUCCGUUCAGUCUGGGUCAUGAAUACGGCACUGGCAGCUGCGGCUUUGAUGGCGAGUUUCUUACUUCGGAGAGAAGAGCUUUCAAGGAUUCACCACGAGGUCAAGACCGGGUUGGAGUCGCUGGAGGAGACAUAG